AUGUCUCAGGAAGUCGCGAGCAUGUGUCCGGCCUGGACCAGCGAAACCGCGAACGAAUCCAUCGCAAAAGAUCAGGGAGCUCGAGGGCAAGAUUGCGUCCCUUUCACAAGCAUUGUCGGCGAAACAGCAUCAAGACCAGCCAGGAGAGCCCACUCUGUUGGCUACACCGACACAGUCAGUGUCAUCCGGAAGGUCAAGAGACACUUCAAUCCCUGUUUCGAUCAAGAUGUUGUAGACCAGGGACUUCUCGACAUGCCAACCGCCGAAGUUCUUUUCAAUCAUUGGAACGACUCCAUGCGACCCAUUUUGCCUAUUGUGCUACUCUCGGAGGACAACUUGCGGGAAUGUAGGAGAGGUAGACCGAUGCUGUUCCUCGCCAUUCUGAGCGUCGCGAGCGGCUCGAUCUUGCCGUCCUUCCAAUCACCGCUCGUCAAAGAAUUGAAACGUCAAUUAGCCAGACAGAUCCUUGAACAGGGCAGACGAAGUAUCGACCUCAUCCAGGCAUGCCUCUUGUAUUCUCAGUACUACACCCAUGAUCCAGAAUCACCCCAUGCUUUGCCAACUCAGUUUGUCUCUGCCGCCAUUACCAUGUUGUGUGAUCUUGAUAUGGUGGAACAUAUUGCGCCUAGGCCGGGUUCUUGUACAGAUGAGUCGAAGGAAGCCGUUCGAGCAUAUUUGGCGUGCUGGUAUGCCGCAUCAAGCAAUGCCAUAUUAUUCCGACAGCAGACUCUUAUGCCUCCUUCGUCCAAGGUUGAAGCUUGUAUCAGCGUCUUGUCGACUGCGGCUUCUGUGCCGACGUCGGAUGCCCUGCUCUGCAGCCUGGCACGACUGCAACUUAUUUUGGACAAUGUCUCAAACACUUUUGACACAGGAGACAAGCAGACGAUUGGAGAAUUUGACAGUCUGACCGUCCAAUACCAGUUGAAAAGGUUUCAGGAGCGCCUCGCAAGCUGGAACUCAUCCGAGUCAAGCUUCGGUGACCGUUUGAAAAGAUGCUCGUCCGAGUUUGCAAAUAUCUGUGUCCACCACAUCGCGCUCAAAUGCUACAUGCAGAGACUGUUCGCAGGCCCUGGGUCGGAAGAUUACCACGCGAGUGUUGACAUGCUGAGCUCCGGGCAUCUCAAGGCACUUUUCUGCUGCUGGGACUCGAGUCAAGCACUACUUGACGCAUACAUAUCUCUCGACAUUCGCCUGGCUCGAUCGCUGCCCAAUCACUACCUGAUGUGGACUCUGUCUGCCGCGGUAGCUCUUAUCAAGCUGACCCCGUUUAGGGAGGCAAUGAGAGCCGGGACCGCGACCACGACCAUGCACUCCGAAGAAGCCUCGGCCUUGCCCAGUCUAGAUGCAAUGUUGAGCAAGAUCUCUGAGAUUGUCCAAGACGGAUAUCUUCCGCAGGCAAAGACCUGGGGUAUGGCGCUGGCUAAGCUCCGGUUCUGGUAUCUGCACAAGAAACAGGUGUGCAUCACCGCCCAUGGACGAUGUGACAGCCACAGCGACGGGCCUGUCUACAGUGCAUUUGGCGAUCGGCCUGAGCAGUCACCGACCGAGAUCGAUGUUACGUCCCAUUCAAGAUCAGUAUCUCAGCCGUUGUCUGACCCGAGACAAUCUAUGAAUACACCUGUUGUGGUCGAUGUCGGUGCAUUCGGUGUCAACUCCACCCCGUCGUCCACAUCUGCCAGACAGCAGAGACAGGCCGUCGACGUCGCAGCCACAGCUCCAGUCGAGGCGGCGUACGACCCUCUCACCUACGCGGCGACCGACUGGGAUGAUCUGGUCCUGGACGCCGACUCACUCCGAGAAUUUGAUUCUCUCAUGAUGGACGACUCGGAUUUCUGGAUGAAGAGUUUGAUGUAA